UUAGGCUCCACCACGGCAGGCCCCGCUUGAUCCUAACGGCGCCAUGUCUUUGAGCUUCGUCGCUCCCGUCGCCCCCGUGGCCGUCGCACCUGCCGCAACCGCGCGCCGCGCAGCGACUGCAGCGACUGCGGCUCCCAGCGCCGAUGGCGCCAGGGGAGCGCAGAGCGCCAUGGUGCUGGGCGCCAUGUGUGGCCUGGGAGCCUAUGCAUCAGGCAUGAAGGCUGACCGAAGCCGCAGCAAGAGGGGCUCUAAGGUGGUGUCGCAGGCCCUGGGCUCCAUCGAUCAGUUCCGCGUCUUUGGACCUCCUGAGGAUCCUUUCGAGAUUGAGACCGACAAGG